ACGGACAACCAGCUACUUAGCAGCCGUUGGAAACAAAACCUGAGUCUAAAGCAAGUUCUCAUGUUACCAGGUUAAACCCCAGCUACAUUGUAGUUCCUCACAUAGGCGAACACCUCCAUCCAGUUUUUGCUGUUUACUGUUUUGACCUAGAGGCUGAAGAGGUUUGUGGUGAAGAUGGGAGUGCCAAAAUUUUACCGCUGGAUUUCGGAACGCUACCCUUGUCUCAGUGAAGUUGUCAAGGAACAUCAGAUUCCAGAGUUUGACAACUUCUAUCUGGACAUGAACGGCAUCAUCCACCAGUGUUCUCACCCAAACGAUGAGGAUGUCCACUUUCGCAUUUCUGAGGAAAAGAUUUUCGCAGACAUCUUCCAUUACCUGGAGGUGCUCUUCAGGAUCAUCAAGCCUCGCAAGGUUUUCUUCAUGGCGGUGGAUGGUGUGGCGCCAAGGGCGAAGAUGAACCAGCAGAGAGGACGUAGAUUCAGGUCCGCCAAAGAAGCAGAGGAAAAGAUAAAAAAAGCUUUGGAUAAAGGAGAGGUGCUUCCCACAGAGGCUCGCUUCGACUCCAACUGUAUCACUCCUGGCACUGAGUUCAUGGCGCGACUUCAGGAACAGCUCAAGUAUUUCGUCCACAACAAGCUCUCCAAUGACAAGCUAUGGCAGAAUGUCAAAGUGUACUUGUCCGGUCACGAGACACCAGGGGAGGGGGAACAUAAAAUCAUGGAGUUUAUUCGGUCAGAGAACACCAAGCCCAAUCAUGACCCCAACACGCGACACUGCCUGUACGGCCUGGAUGCUGACCUGAUUAUGUUGGGUUUGACCAGCCACGAGCCAAACUUCGCUCUGCUCAGGGAGGAAGUCCGCUUCGGAGGGAAGAAAUCCCAGAAAAGGAUAACAGCUCCAGAGGAGACCACCUUUCACUUGCUUCACUUGUCUCUGAUGAGAGAGUAUAUCGACUACGAGUUCUCUGAGCUCAAGAAUAAGAUGGGUUCCGAUUAUGACCUGGAGCGAGUAAUAGAUGACUGGAUUCUAAUGGGUUUCCUGGUAGGAAACGAUUUCAUCCCUCACCUCCCCAACCUUCACAUCAAUCAUGACGCUCUACCAUUGCUGUACAAGACGUACAUGAGUGUACUACCAAGCCUGGGGGGUUAUCUGAAUGAGAACGGUCACUUAAACCUCAGAAACUUUGAGAAAUACCUGGAGAAGCUUGCUGAGUUUGACCGGGAACAUUUUAAUGAGGUCUUUGUGGAUUUGAAGUGGUUUGAAAGCAAAGUUGGGAACAAAUAUCUGAAUGAAGCUGCUGGACUGGCAGCUGAGAGGGAAGCUGCCAGCAAAGACGGCAGAAAGAACGAGGAUUCUGCUCUCUGUCUGGCUUCCCUGACUACAUCAGAGAAAGUCACCGGAGAGGAAAAAGCAGCGGCAGCAGAUGAUGAAGAGGAGGAGGAUGAUAUCUUUGAAACGGAGUUCAGACAGUACAAACGCACAUACUACAUGAGCAAGAUCGGCGUGGACGUGGUGUCUGACGAGUUUCUAGCCAACCAAGCCAAGUGUUAUGUGGAAGGUAUCCAGUGGAUUCUCCACUACUAUUACCAUGGAGUUCAGUCCUGGAGCUGGUACUACCCCUACCACUACGCUCCCUACCUGUCUGACAUCAGGAAUGUGUCUGGGUUAAAGCUGACCUUUGAGCAUGGACAGCCCUUCAUGCCCUUCCAGCAGCUGCUGGCAGUCCUGCCUGCUGCCAGCAUGGAACUGCUGCCCGAGUGUUACAGGCAUCUGAUGACGAGUGAAAGCUCAGCUAUUAUUGAGUACUACCCUCUUGACUUUAAAACUGACCUGAAUGGCAAGCAGCAGGAAUGGGAGGCCGUGGUGCUCAUCCCGUUCAUAGAUGAGGUAAACGCACAAUUCGAAAUGAAGAAAUGCCACAGAUUUUAUCUUGAGGAACCACCGGGUGUCCAAAGAGUGUACGACAGGCCGAGCACUCCUCCUCCCGCCAAAGUCACCUGUCUGUCUGACAAGGAGCAGAAGGACUGGAUUAAGGACGUCCAAGGAAUCACUGAAUAUUUUUUGAAGAGGAAAGGCAUCGUGAUAAAUGAGACAGAGGUGGUUUUAUACGGCCAACUGCUGACUGGAAGAAAAUACGUUCCCAAAGCCAAUGGUGUGGUGGAACUGGAGAAACAGUGGGCCAAACAGGUCCUCCCCUUUGCCCACCAGGCGGUUGUUAAGGUACCUGCACACAAACAUGAUUCUUCUGCACGAAGAAAACUGAGAAUAAUCGAAGUCUAUCCAAUUAAUGCUCCAUAUCUCCAUGUUCAUAUUAAUAUAAAUUUUCAGGUGCAAGAUUCCCAAGAUGUCAUCAAAGAUGGGCGGAUUCGAGUGGUCUUCAGUGUGCCACACGAGCCACAGCUGGAGCCCUUAAUCCAGAACCAACACAAAUACAGCGUGAAAUACAGUCCUGGGUACGUUCUGGCCUCUCGUCUCGGCAUCACCGGUUACCUCGUCUCCCGCUUCUCUGGAAGCAUCUUCAUUGGUAGAGGCUCUAAGAAGAAUCCCUGUGGGGAGCAAAGAGCUAACGUUGGCCUGAACCUGAAGUUCAACAAGAAGAACGAGGAAGUUCCCGGAUACACCAAGAGAACUGAAAAAGAGUGGCUCUACUCUGCUGCUGUGGAGGAACUGCUGGCUGAAUACCUGGACAGAUUCUCAGAGGUAUUCAAUACAGUGGCCAGAAACAGUCACGACGAUGUUUUCUAUGAAGAUGACAUUUGGCCUGGAGAAGACCAGAAUGGUGUGUUUAAGGAUUUGAUAACAUUAAUAAAAAUCUGUGUGCAGCCCUUGGAGCAGCAGCAGGGUGUAGUUCCAGACCCAGACGCGGAAUAUCGUCUGUUUGACAGAGUCAUCAACAUCAGGGAGAGCUUCACCGUCCCGCUGGGACUCAGAGGGACGAUCAUCGGCAUUAAAGGAGCGGAGCGCGAGGCAGAGGUUCUCUAUGAAGUGCUGUUUGAUGAAGACUUUGCUGGAGGUCUCAACAUCAGGUGUACAUCUUCUCGUUGUUACCGCCUCCCUCCCUGCGCCCUGAUCAACCUUUCCCACGGAGCCCGGGUUGAUCACACCGGCCACAAACUCACCGCCAUCGUCAAACCGCAGCCUGCCACUGGCGGCAACUUCAGCUCGUACCGGCAGCUGGCAGGCCUAAACCACUCCCCUCGUUCGCCUUUUAUCCCCACACAGCAUAACAACAAACAUGGCGUGGCGAAGGCGGCCUCACAGGGCAACAGGAGCUCUCCCUCAAAAGGUCCCAUCCAAAAGCACCAGGUCAGGAACAAAGAGGAGUACAGUAAUGUGUGGCAGUCUCUGCAGAACACCGGGCCUCCUAACAAGCCUCCUGCUCACUGGCACAACAAUACCCCACCUGCUGGCAUCAGACUGUUGAAGAAAAAUGAAGAUGUCAGCUCCUUUAUUCCCUCACACAAUACGGCCAAUAAGGCUGAAACACAAUUUGAGGACCUCAUUGCCAAUCUAAAAAUCUCCAAGGGUAACCAGCAAACCCCACCCCCUCCUGCCCCUCCACAAGGAGGCGACAGCCAGCCAGAUGGCCCAUUAUCCCCACAGUCUUUUGCCAUGAAGGGAACCCUGGUGCUGAAGGAGAUGCUUAAAAUUGACAGCACCGGAACAGGAAGUCAAUCUCCUCAAGAGACGUCAAACAGCACGCCCCCUGCUGGCCAGCAGCAGAACAGGAGACGAUCAUCAAAGAAACUCGCUGCAAAAAUAAACGUCCCGCACGGCGACGCGCCCGUGUUGCCUUCUCCGGCACCUGCUGCCUCUGCCAACACCCUGCUGGGCAGUAAGGUGUCAGAGCUGGCCUGCAUCUGUGGGGCUUUAGGUAUGGCGCCGCCUGACUUCAGCUUCAUAUGCAACAGACAGGGUCUGGUGGUGUGUCAGGUGAAACUGUCCAACGGGCUGAUGGUUCAUGGCCCACAGUGCCAGUCAGAACACGAUGCCAAGGAGAAAGCUGCUUUCUUUGCACUUCAGAGACUGAACUCACUCGGGUCAGGCUUCCCCCUCCCACCUCCUCUGUACACAGGAGUGGGUCAGAUACGACCUCCCCACAUGGGAGCUGUCUUCAACCAACAAGGUGGUGUGCUGUUGCCCCCACAGGGUUAUGGUCCUGCUCCUCUCUGGGGAAUGACGGUGCCUCCUCAACACCACCAAAACCAGCCAUUCUACGGGCCACCGGGGACUUUCCCUGGUGCUGCGCGCCCCCAGCCUGCAACGACACUGCCCAUUGGCUCACACAACCAGUUCAUCCCCUUACAGGUAACACAUAAGCCCUUUUUCCAUAAGGACCUACUUGGAUCGGGUGGUACCUAUAGUUGCAAGAAGGCUUUGACUCAGUCCUACAGAAGCCCUCAGAUGUGA